AAAUUACUCUCUUGUCAUCUUCUCCAUUCAGAUUCUUCUUCUUCCUCCCUCCCACCUUCUCUCUCAUCUCUCUCUCUCUCACACAAAGAGAUUCACUUUAAUUCAAACUUCAAACGGUUCUUCUCACUUUCUUCAAGGCUUCUUGUUGCCAGUGUAAACAAAACACAUCCAUCCAAUUCUUUCAUUCUUAUAAUAAUAAUCUUCUUCUAUCAACAUUUUCAACAACCAAAUCAUCACCAUAUCACCCAGAUCUCUCACAUUCAAACCCAGCAAUUCCAUCUUCAUGCACUAAAGAGUAGAAGAUCAAGAUUUUUACAAGUGUCUAAAUGCCAAGAGUAAGAGCAUCAGAAAUGGCUCCAAGAGUAUCAACCACCAGAGGCCCACUUUCUCACCGGACAUCAAGCUCCGAUUCCGACCCACCACACCACCGUCCGGUGACUGACCGGAGCCCAAAACUAGGUGACCGGAGGUCACCAAGAAGCGCACAUUCCGACCCACUGUCCCAGAAGAAACUCGGAACUCGAAUCGCUGGGUUAGAAACUCAACUCGAGCAAGCUCAAGGCGAGCUCAAGCUUCUUAAAAACCAGUUAGCCUCAGCUGAAGCUGCAAAGAAAGAAGCCCAAAAACAACUAAACAAAAAACCCCUUAAAACUGUCGGUUCCGUACCGGAUGCUGUUCCGGGUUCGGGUCCGGGUCCGGGUCAAGAUACCCGUGCUUCACCAAGUGAGAACCAGAACCCGGAACCGAAUCAGGAUCCGAACAAUGAGAUCAAUGAAGAAACUGAUGUUUUUGAAGUGCCUAUUGAAAUGGUGAGUGUGGAGGCUAAAGUUGAAAAAAGUCAAACUUGUGAUCAGGAUGAGGUCAAAGUCAAAGUCAACACUGAAUUACCGGAAAUUGGUGUGAAAAAUGAAGAAAUAAGUUUAUUGAAACUGACUAUUGAAGAGAAAGAUAAGAAGUUAGAAACUUUGGGUGAAGAAAAUGAAGGUUUAAAGCGUGAGUUAAGUGAAGCUAAUGUGAAGAUAACUUCUGCAAUGGUCAAAGAAGAGAGUUUGAAUAUAAAGUUGACCCAAGUUGACCAAGAGUUGCAAAAGAGUAAAAGUGAUGGGAUUCAAUUAAAGGAGAAGUUAAAAGAAGUGGAAGGAGCAAAAGAGGCAUUGGAAACAGAAAUGAAGAGGCUGAGGGUACAAACCGAGCAGUGGCGGAAGGCGGCGGAUGCUGCGGCAGCGAUUUUAGCGGGUGGUGGGGUGGAGAUGAGUGACGGGAGGAGGGUGUCGGAGAGGUGUGGGUCGAUGGAUAAGAAUUACGGGGGUGGGUUUGACGGAUAUGGAGGGUUUGGGGGUUCACCGGGGUUGGGUGAAGAUUCGGAUGACGGGUUUGGGAAUGGGAAGAGGAAGGGAUCCGGGAUUCGGAUGUUUGGUGAUUUAUGGAAGAAGAAGGGACAUAAAUAGGGAGUUUUGGAAUGAGGAAUGAUGGAUUUGUUCUAAAAAUCUAUGUUUGGUUUUUUGUUUGUUGGGUUUGAAUGUUAUAUGUUGGUGUAGAUUGAUGAUCAUCAUGUUAGAAUGAUCUAUUUAGUUAUGUUUGUGUUCGAUCUAUGUUUAGUUUUCCUUCAUCUAGAGGUUGUGUGAUGAUAUGAUUACAAUUUACAACGAUUA